AUGCUGACAACAAAGCAGAUUACAUUUUUUCAGGAACAUGGAUACCUAAUUCUUGAAAACUUCAUUGAUUCGGAGAUAAUUGAUGGAUGGCGAACACAGGUAUGGGAACAUUUUGAUUCCAGCUUAGAAACGCCAGAGACAUGGCCCAACGACUAUGAGAUUCAGGGAUUCAGCUUCUCGCCGUUAUUUGGACACCUGCCUGUAAUGCAAGAGAUUACCGAGCAGCUUGGUGGCGGACAAUUUUUUACAGGCGGUGGCGGCUCACCAAUUAUCAAAUGGCCCAAUCCUGAAGAAGAGUGGGCAAUGCCCAAGGACGGACACAUCGAUGCGUAUGGUGCUGUCGCUGGCUGGAGUCCCUUUAUGAUAGGGGCAACAACCUAUCUCUACGAUGCUGAACCCAAGGGGGGUGCUUUCAUCUUUUGGCCCCGAAGUCACCAGUCAACGCACAAGUACUUCCGCCAAUAUCCAGAGCAGAUCGACGGCAGUUUCUACGAUAUCGAAGAUUGGGAUUGGCACGUACUCUCGGAUUUAUCACCAGAGGGACCCCGCGAGUUUAUUGGUGCUGCGGGUGAUGUUGUGUUGUGGCACGCGUUUCUCUGCCACACCGGUUCAGCGAAUGUCAAAGAUAUUCCCCGUUUUGGUCUCUUUGCACGUUAUUCCCAUGAAAAACGGGAGGAGAUUAAAUACGAAAUUCCAGAGGAUCUCUGGAAAUAUUGGGCAAUUUAA